GACUCUUUAAAUCUUCCUUCCAGCCCCACGGUGAACACCACCCUGAAAAGCCUGGGAGCGUUGUACCGUCGUCAGGGCAAACUGGAAGCAGCAGAGACUCUGGAGGAGUGCGCCAGCAAGUCACGUAAACAGGGCAUCGACGCCAUUAACCAGAGUAAAGUGGUGGAGCUGCUGAAGGACGGAGGAACCGGUGGGAGCGACAGACGACACAGCAGGGAAGGAAUCAACGGACCUGGGGGACAGCGGGGGGACAACGAAGGCGAUGACUCUGCUGAGUGGAACGGGGACGGUAACGGGUCUCUGCGUCGCAGCGGCUCCUUCGGGAAGAUUCGUGACGCUCUGAGGAGGAGCAGCGAGAUGCUGGUGAAGAAGCUGCAGGGGAGCGGACCUCAGGAACCUCGUAACCCAGGAAUGAAGAGAGCGAGCUCCCUCAACUUCCUCAACAAGAGCACUGAGGAGACCACACAGGACGCCAACUCCGGACUGUCAGACUGCAGGGGGCUCAGCGCCAGCAACGUGGACCUAUCCAGACGCAGCUCCCUGAUCGGCUAGAGCAGCGGCGGCACGGAGGAGGCACAGAGCGUCCCGGCGAGGGGAGGCUGGUUGCAGCUCGGUUUGAUCAAAACAAACACACCUAAAGCUUAAAGCAGAGUUUAAACACACGUCACCACACUGAAACAUAGUCCUGCUGCUUCACUGUACAAACGUCCGCCAUCGAUCAGAGAAUAUUUAGAUACUCGUUUCUAAGCAUGCUGCUCACUAGAACGUCUGCACCUGAGCGCCUCGUGUUCUUUGAUUCAAAGCACCGUAGCAAAACAUCGUAUCCACAAUGUGACGAGUCCGUUUCCUCCAUCUACUCGUGUGCAGACAUUUAGCCUUAGCUAGGCUAACAGGUAGCCCAGUUUCAGUUUGAGUUCAGAUCUGUGUAUUUCACUAGUAGCAUGAAAUAUUCACUGAUGCUAAACCUCGAAUAUCAGGCGGUAAAAUAAAAAGUCAAAUUUGAUUUUAAGUGUAAGAAAGAAACAAUUGUUUUCAUCAAAAACCACACUCUUCAUUUAAACCUCACUUUUUGCCUUGUUUUUUUAUGUAUAUACAGUUUUAAAUUAUUUGAUUUUUCAUUCUUUGUAUAUAGUGCAUAUUCUUUUUGUUUACACUUUAUUGGGCAAGAGUCUAGAAAAAUACUAAUCCGACGAGGAAGGAAGGAGAAAUAAAAGGAAAGUGAAGUUAUCAUUGGUUAAAUACCGAUAAAUGAAUUACCUCUCUGGAAUCCACUGACAUUCAGAAUAAGCUACCAUCGAGGUUUUAGUCUCACUGACAGAGCACUUUGAGCAAAUUACUGUAAACUGAGUCUGGAGCAGAUCAGGAGGAGAAAAUCAUUCUGCUUGUUAUUAAUGGAAGAGCUCAGAAUCCUUGUUCUCCUCGUCUGAACAAUCUCUGUCCGAAGCUGACAAACCAAUAAAUCCAUGUGUGUAACUUAAAGCUCCUUUAAACCAAGAAGACCAAAACAACAUCCUCAAUGGUUUUACUGUCCUCCGCAGAGUUUGGCAAAAACUGAAGCGUUUGCUUUCGUUCACGUGAGAAGAAGCAGAAUCGUUCUUUUUUCUCAAGUGAAAGGAACAAGCUGUCGUAGCGAUGCUUCAGGCAAAUCUGCUUUUUUCAAGUUAACUUAAAGGAAAGUUCAUUUGAAAGUAAAAUGACGCUCCUCUAAAUACUACCUAUGUUGUACGACAAGAUGAAUCAAACACAACAAUCAUUUCUUUCUUCUCCCGCUAAUGAAAAAGGUAAAAUGACCGUUAGUCUGAAUAUUAAUGAAGGAAAUGAGACGCAGGAGAGUUUGUUUACAAUCACCACAGCAGGAUAAUGACGACACUAAUCAACCCUCAUUGAAACUUAUGGGUAAUGAGUUUACUUUCCGUCAUGAGAUUCUUGUGUUUUCCCUCUGGUUGUUGCUGAAUAUUGAUCAUUUUGUACAAAACAAUCCUCGGUGGUUUUAACGCUGACGUAGACGGGUUUUAUCGAUCGCAGUCGAACACUGACCAAGACUUCCUCUGUCAUUUUCAUGUGUUGAAGCAUUUUGCGGUUUUGAGUCUUGAGUUUACUUUGAAGGUACUGAUCGUUUGAAUGUUGUUGUUUUGGCAUCUACACGUGUAUUUUGUGUUUUUCCACCAAACUGAGACAAAGAACUGUCCACAGAAUGUACUCGUCUUAUUAUCAAUGAGGUCAAGUCCUGAGUGUGAUUUUCAAAAAUGAGCAGAUGCAGGUUUGAAGGUGUUCUGUCGACGUCGGUGCGUCCACACCUUCGCCACGCGCCUAAAGAAACCAAAUCACUGUUCUGAAAUGGUCACAUUGUCUGACAGAGCCUGAUUGUGCAGAAGGUGGUGCAGGUCACGGAUUGUGAAGUAAAGUAAGUGUGUCACAGCAGGAAGGAGUCUGAGUUAAGCUGGGAAUGGAAACGUGUCGUUGGCAGCAAAUAAUGUACAGAAUUAUCUGUGUAUGACCUUUUUAUAUGUAUGUUUACUGUGCGUCACAUUCACACACCUUAGAAUUGUGGGAAAUUUACUGAACUCACACACGCACACACAAUCUCAACACCUUGUAAUUGUGUAUUAAAAAAAGAUGGAGCACUAAUUUGUAGUUGAAGGUUGAAUAUUAAUAAUAAUAAAUCUCUAGAAAGUCACAGUAAUAAUACUAAAUCCUUCAUGGUCUCAAUCUGUCACCUGUUUGUUCUCUGUCGUCACACACCAGUCAAAUGGACGUUCACGCUGUGUAGCUCAGUGAAAUGAAUCAGAAUUGUUGUAAAUAUUUAUCUUGAAUCUGUCGCAGGAGGAUUUUUCAUCCAAAGCUUCAGAUCAAAAAUCAGAUCUUUGUGUUUCUCCGGUGUCCAAAUAUUUAUGGCGAUCAGUACGUCCGCUCCGAGCCGGGGACGGACCAUGUAGCGCAUGUGUGGGUGGUGUGUAUGUGCUGGGGAGACUCCCAAUGUCAGCACCCGUGUCGCUGAUGAUGUGAAGAGGCCGACCUGGUUUUAUCAAAAGGUUCAAUAAAUAAAUUCCACUUUUCAAACG